UACUGCUAGAGCUUCUUAUCACCCUGGCUGUCUUUACUUCUUGCACUUCAAUAUGAUGAUGGGGUCAUAUUAAUGAGUGGGUCAAGCUGGUUUUCUUCUCCUAUUGCACUACCUUGAUGCUUAAAGCCCAAUGUGAGACAGAUGCUAAAGUGCUGAUAUUGAAACCCUGAAAAUGACUGAGAAAUGAAUGAGAAAAGGUCUCGGUGUGAUUGAGCAUGGAGGAGUGGCUGUUUUGCGCAGAAGCUCCUGGAGUGCCCUCUCUGUUAAGGUGACAAGGGCUCCCCAAGGAGAGAAGAGCAGCCUGAGGGGGUUUGACGAGAAGGCCUACUUGUCCUCCAAGCUGCUGAAGGCUGGAGAAGACCCCUACCGCCAACACGCUUUCAACCAGCUGGAGAGCGACAAGCUGGGCAGCGAUCGGCCCAUCCGGGACACGAGGCACUACAGGUGCACCUCCGUCCGCUACGACAUGGACCUGCCGCCUACGAGCCUCAUCAUCACCUUCCACAACGAGGCUCGCUCCACCCUGCUGCGCACCGUGAAGAGCGUGCUGAACCGCACCCCUCCCAGCCUCAUCCAGGAGAUCAUCUUGGUGGAUGACUUCAGCUCGGACCCUGAGGACUGCCAGCUCCUUACCAAGAUCCCCAAAGUCAAGUGUCUGCGCAACACUCGUCGAGAAGGGCUGAUUCGCUCUCGGGUGCGAGGAGCUGAGAUGGCUGCUGCUGACGUCCUCACCUUCUUGGACAGUCACUGUGAAGUCAACAGCGAGUGGCUGCAGCCGAUGCUUCAGAGGGUGAAGGAGGAUUAUACCCGAGUGGUGAGUCCAAUCAUUGAUGUUAUCAGCCUGGAUAAUUUUGCCUACCUGGCAGCAUCAGCAGACCUGAGGGGAGGAUUUGACUGGAGCCUUCACUUCAAAUGGGAGCAGAUUCCAAUAGAGCAGAAGAUGUCAAGAACAGACCCAACUCAGUCUAUAAGAACCCCUGUCAUAGCAGGAGGCAUCUUUGUGAUUGACAAGUCUUGGUUUAACCACCUGGGAAAAUAUGAUACUCAGAUGGACAUCUGGGGAGGAGAGAAUUUUGAGCUCUCCUUCCGAGUAUGGAUGUGCGGUGGCAGCUUGGAGAUCGUUCCCUGCAGUCGAGUGGGACACGUGUUCAGGAAGCGCCAUCCCUAUGACUUUCCCGAGGGGAAUGCGUUAACUUAUAUCAAGAACACCAAGCGCACGGCGGAGGUGUGGAUGGAUGAAUACAAGCAGUACUACUACGAGGCCCGGCCAUCUGCCAUUGGCAAGUCAUUUGGAAGCAUUGCAGAGCGAGUGGAGCAGCGCCGCAAGUUGAACUGUAAAUCCUUCCAGUGGUAUCUGGAGAACGUCUAUCCAGAACUCAAGGUUCCUGAAAAGGAGUUGAUUCCAGGGAUAAUUAAACAAGGAGGAAAUUGCCUGGAAUCUCGGGCACAGGAUACAACAGGGAACAUGUUGGCUGACACAGGAAACUGCAAAGGGACAGUGAACAACCCACCUGUCACUCAGGAGUGGAUAUUCAGUGACCCGCUCAUUAGGCAGCAGGACAAGUGUCUUUCCAUCACCUCCUUCUCCACCGGCUCUCAAGUCACGCUGGAAGCCUGCAACCAGAAAGACGGCAGACAGAAGUGGAAGAUGAAAGGUGGCUUCAUCCAACACUUUGUCAGCGGUCUCUGCCUGGAAAACCAAGCUGGAAGAGUGAUGACCAACGCUUGCCAAGCAGAUGUACCUGGCCAACAGUGGGAGUUGCUACAAGCCACAUGAUGGUAGUAUGGAGAUAUCCUUGUUUCUUUGUGCAUGAGACCUUGGGAAUGGAAGGUGAUUAGGAAGGAAGGAAUGGUUUAGUUUGUCUAACCCUAAAUGUUUUCAUCAUGCCCAUCAGCAAGCCAUUUCAGCUGAGCACUUUGUGUUUUUGAGCUUUUCAAAGAAGAAGCUGGGGGUGUGAGAGGGUGAAGAGUGUUGUUGAAAUCAGCCCAUCUGGUUUCAGUUCUCCUCUGUAACUGAUGUCUGCACACAACAGCACGCAGAGGGAGGAAAGAACCCCAUCCAAUACUCCAGGUGGCCAGAACUGCCUUGUAGCUCUCCUCAUCCAUUCCUUUCGUGGCACCAAGAGCCCAUGACCUUCAGUCCAAUAACGUAAAUGAUGAUUGUACAAGUACCUGGUAGCUUUUAGCUUCCCUGCUUUCUUGCUCUACCAUCAUGCAUCACUUAUGCAUGUGUGCGCUGCUGUGUUGCAGUAAGGACUGCCCAGCAGAAGGGUUGCCAUGAUUAGCAGAGGGUCUAGAAGAUUAGUAGACCCUGGAGGCAGGACUGUCAUUUCUGUGUGGUCAGCCUGUUCCUUCCUCUGCCUGCAGAAGCUGCUCUGCAACCUAAUGGGCCAAGAUUGGGAAACGGGGCCCUGGGACUAAACAGUUGGGAAAUGGGUGAUCUGUUCUAUCAGCAUAACCCAAAUUUGCUUGGGGGUUACUCCUUAUUAAGUUCCUACUCUGUUUUCUAUGGCUGGAAUGCCAGCACUCCCUCAGUGAGUAAACUAACUCCUGGCCAGCCCAAUUGGAACCUGCUUGAGGUGGAGGGUGGCUUCAGGGUGCCAAAUUUCUGUGGAAACACAUCUGUGCAUGAGGGAUGCUCCACACAGGAGCCUGGCACCCUCUGGCCUGCAGUGUGUGCGGUUCCCCCCUCGCUGCUCCUCUGGUCUGUCCACCCAGCCCCGUAGCCUGGAGACAAGUGCCUAAGCCCUGGGCACGGGGGCCACCUCCAGCGGUGCUGCCAGGCCUGGCCUUAGAGCCACGCAAAGAGCUGCUGCCGGUGUCGCUGUAUUUGGGGCUGACCAGGGGUGAGAGCCCCAGCCUGAGGAAGGAGCACGUGUGACAUCCCCUCUGCGUGGCCCUCUCGCUGGCUCCACACCUGAUGGGUGUGACAAGCCACCCCAUCCUUCUCUUUAGCUGCUUCCCCCCACCCGAGGCAGGAGGCUGAAAAGCCUGGGGCUGCUCUACUCGUGAUGCUCUCUGGCAUAUCUAGCUAUCACCCCCUUCCUGCCUCCAGUGACCGGCUAGCGGUAACUCAGUCUGGGUUUUAGACCCGCCAGGAGAAGUUUACCCAAUCAAAAGAAAAAACCUCCCACAAUGUUAGCUUCUCCUCCCAGUUCUAUUGAACUUCCUGUUGGAGCUAAGUCUUGUAAACCUCUCUCCCCAAAAGUCUGGUGAAAGGCCCAUGCAGUUUCCAUAUCUUCUGUAGACAACUGCUUCGCUGGGUCCCUUUUAAUGUGGUGUAGAAGAGGCAGAGGAUGCUUAUCUGGACUCUGAACAUGAGAUCUGCUGCUUUUGGUCAUGUUUGUAUCACUUUUUAAUUCUUUCUCCUGACUUGCUAUUAGCCCAAACAGUAGAGAGAGAAGAAGAAAAAACAGACAGAUGCAGUUCUUCAUAUGCAUAUUUGUAUGUGCUCAGGA